UAUUUCUUUUUUAUUUAUAUCCAUUUUUCAUCUUCUUCUAUUUUCACUCUUCUCAUUUCAAUUUUCAUACUCUGUUUUUGCCGUGAAAGUUUGUUAUGGCGACGGAGCAACCACCGGUGACACUUCCGGCAUCCGUAGAAAAUCUAAUAAACCAAAUAUGCGUGAAACAAUCACAACCACCACUCGAUCCUUCAACGAUACGACUCCUCGCAACGAUGGCAGAAAAUCAAGCUCUUCAAAUUCUCAAUGUUAUUUCCAAUACACCAAUUCGAACCACUUUUAAUGCUUUCACUCUCUUCAUGAUUAAUAAACAUUCUUCUCAAUCACAAUCACCGUCACAGUCACAGUCAUUUCCAUUACCGUCACAGUUUCAAACGUCUCCGUUAGCAUUUCCUUUGUUGGAGGAUUCUGGUGUUUUAACGGCGUUGGGAGAGUUAGAGUUUCGAAAAUCGUUUUUGAUGUUAAGUUAUGCUGGAGGAGAGAGUAUUGAAAAGGUUGUGACGGCUGAAUAUGUUAGAAGCUUGAAGGAUUUGCCGAUGCGAGAUUUUGAGAGUAAAAUUUGGGAAGCUUUUGGGAAACACUGGUGCAUUGACUAUAGAGAUCGCCGAUCGUCUCUUGAAUGGGAUUUUGGCAGUACACUUAGAUACGAGUGCCAUGUUUCUCCAAAUGGGAGCUUAAGGUUCAAGGGCCCUUUUUGGCAAUCCACACGAACACACCUGCAGAAGUCACUAGGUGAUGACAAUGUUCUAGUUGUUAAAUUCAUGGAUCUGAAUGAAAGUAAGGAAAAUACAAUUGUGCAAGAUGCUCAUGAGCUCUAUGGGAGGUUCGGAAAAGAAGGGAUCCAUGUUGGUCUUCGUUUGUAUCGCUUUUUUGUUUCCAAAGAUGGUGGCAAGGAAGCAAAGAAGGAGGACUCAACAGCUUCCUCGGUCAAAUGUUAUUUUGUUAGGACAGAAUCAUCUUGUUCUGCAGAUGAAAGGGAAUCGUACAUCUUGUCAAAUAAGACAAUGUCUGAUUGUAGAUCUUUUUUUAUGCAUGCACACUUGUUACCCAGUAUUGAAAAGUAUAUGGCUAGGUUCUCUCUAAUUCUGUCAAAGACCUAUACGCUUAAUGUUGACUUUACAACUGUUGUUGUCCAAAAAAUACCAGAUGAAUAUUGUCGGGAUGGAAAUGGCAAAGUUGUUUAUCAUAACGAGAAAGAAUGUAUUCUCACUGACGGAACUGGGUUCAUUUCUGAAGAUUUGGCGAAACUCUGCCCUCAAAAUGUUUUCAAAGGAACGAACACGAAAAAUACAUAUAUUAAGGAAAUUUCCAAUUUGGUUGAUCAGGAUACGAGUCAGGCUGUGGGAGUUACAGCACUCAGCACACAUCAGCCACCACUGCUGAUUCAGUGCCGUCUCUUUCACAUGGGCAGUGCAAUGAAGGGUACUCUUUUGGUUAACAGAAAGCUUCCUCAAAAUACAAUACAAGUUCGUCCUUCAAUGAUUAAGGUGGAGACAGAUAGCUUGACAAAUAUUCCAAGUUUAAAUUCGUUGGAGGUGGUAACUACAAGCCAAAAACCAAAUAGAGCUUACUUAUCAAAAUAUUUGAUCGCACUUCUAAGCUUUGGAGGAGUUCCAAAUGAAUUCUUCAUGGAUGUACUUAAGAGAAAUUUAGAAGAUGCAGAGCAUAUCUACACCAAUAAACGUGCUGCCCUCAGAGCUUCUGUCAACCAUGCUGAAAUGGAUGAAUACAAUGCUGCGGGAAUGCUUUUAUGUGGGAUUCCUCUUGAUGAGCCAUUUAUGCGGUAUCAUCUAUCUAUACUGGCUAAGACCGAAAAGAACAGGCUUAGAGCAGGCAAACUAUAUUUAGAAGACUGCUUUUACGUAAUGGGGACUGUUGACCCCACAGAAAGCCAUUGCUUGAAACCGAAUCAAGUUUGCAUUAUUCAUGAAAAUGGCCAAAUUACCGGGGAUGUGCUGGUUUAUCGCAAUCCAGGUUUACAUUUUGGAGACAUUCACAAAAUGCAGGCCACAUAUGUUGAGGAGUUAGAAUCUUAUGUUGGACAUGGCAAAUAUGCAAUUUUUUUCCCUUGUGUUGGACCUCGCUCCAUAGCAGAUGAGAUUGCUGGAGGUGAUUUUGAUGGUGACAUGUACUGGAUUUCCAAAAAUCCUCAGCUGUUGCAAUAUUUCAAGAGCAGCAAGCCUUGGAUAGAAAGUCCUCCGUGCAAUUCUGCCAGGAGUUUUUGUGUUAAAAAGCCAAGUGAACUUUCAGCCGAGGAGCUUGAGGAAGCACUGUUUAGACUAUAUUUGGAAACUCGGUUCCAACCAAGUAGCGCAAUAGGUAUGGCAGCUGAUGGUUGGAUGGCACUCAUGGAUCGCCUUUUGAUAUUACCAAAUGACAGAAGUAUAGAAAAGGAGCAAGUAAAGGAAAAUAUAUAUAAAUUGAUUGAUUUAUACUAUGAGGCAUUAGACGCUCCUAAGAAAGGUGGUGGAAAGAUGAAGAUUCCAAGUAAUUUGAAUGUAGAAAUGUUCCCUCACUAUAUGGAAAGGAACAUAUCAUUCACUUCAACCUCUAUCUUGGGUUCAAUAUACGACGAGGUUUGCAGAUGGCAAACUACUGAUAUGUCUGGGAUUGUAAUUAGCAAACUUCCCUGUUUUGAUGUUGAAAUACCCAUGGACCGCAUAGAAUACUGGGGAAAACUGCAUAAACAGUAUAGGCUUGAUAUGAGUAGUGCCUUACGUGACACAUCUAAGAAGUCCAAUGAAGAGGCUGCUGAAGUCAUUAAGAUUUAUAAGCAGAAAUUUGAUGCUGUUGCUAACUUUGAGGAUCAUUCAAAGAACAUUUCUGAGAUUUAUAAUGAGGCUUUGGCUGUGUAUAACGUUACUUAUGACCAUGCCAUCAAGUCAAAUAAUGAUGUUGCUAAAUGUGCUUUUGCAUGGAAGGUUGCUGGCUCAGUUCUCAUUAGGUUCUACGCCGAAAAACAUCAUCUGAAGACUUUGCCAUGUAAUCCAUUUGUAUUGCGUGAGAUAUUUGGUUCGUGAAAAACAUUAACUCUGGUUGUCUGUAUAUAUUAUAUGAUAAUGAGGGAGUGAAUCGAAAGGCUCCUCUUGAUCUUACUUGAAGUUGGGAAGGGGGGAAGGAGUCUAGAUCAACGGACAUUAGUGAACCAUCACUGAUGGAUGUUGCACAUGACACGAUCUUCGACUCAAGGUCUGGCGCUAGUAGAAGUUGCUUAUUCUCCUAUCUAGAAGGAAAAAGGCAGGGCUUUUUUGUUGUUGUAGUAAUAGUCUGAAGGUCUCAUGAUAUCUAUGCCGGUCAUUAGAAUCGGAUUAAGGUGCCGUAGAUUUUAAUAUGUAGACCAUGUGUAUCUGUAAUGCAUCUUGUUGGCUGUAAAUAUUCUAACAUUAAUGGUUAAUAUAACUA